AUGGCCACAUCCAUGAAUGUCGAAGUGACAGAAAGCCGAGGGGUCAUGGAUAAUAUACAGAGAUUCUCUUCAUUGCCGCCGUACCUGCCCGUGAGCUUCCACGUCCUCAGAGCCGAGACUGCAUUCUUCCUAAAGGAGGCCAACCCCGACCCACUGCGGAAUGCCAGCCUGCAGUCCAGGGUGGAGUCUUUCUUCAUCUACAAGGCCCAGCAGCCCCCGGUAUUAAACGUCAGCUAUGGGCCUUACUCUGCAGAAAAGGUCAUCCCUCUGGACUUGAUGUUGAACCCCAACUUUUUAGGCCCAACCAGUAAGUUUCCCUUUGACUGGAGACUGAAGGCCUACAUCCUCCAAGAGAAAGUCUACCUGAGCCAUCCCAAAGUACAGGUGCUCUUCCACAUUGUGGGCCGAGACUGGGAUGACCAAAAGGACGAGAAACUGCCCUGCCUGCGGGUCUUUGCCUUCAGAGACAGCCGGGAGGUUCGAGGCAGCUGCCGCUUGGGUGGAGCCCUGGGACUGUGCGUGGCCCAGCUGGAGAUGCUGCCUGGCUGGUUCAGUCCCCCAGCGGUUGUAUCUGGGCGCAGGAGGCCAGCAGAGCAGCCAGAGGGGAAUCUUGUGGAACUGUAUUAUGCUGUACAGCCAGGGGGUGAGCGUGGUGACUGCACUGGAGGUGACACCAGGAAGGACAAUGCUAUUCGUCCAGGAAAGGAUGGACAGGAGGGCAGGACAUCCCACCUACAGAAGAUUGGCACCGUUAGCCUUUACCGCGCCCAGGACAGCACCCAGCUCAGCGAACUGCGCCUGGAUGGCAAUGUGGUCAUCUGGCUGCCCUCCCAGCCUGUCAAGCAGGGAGACAUAGUCACCGCAUCUGUCACCAUCGCCAAUAACUCUACUGUGGACCAUUUCAUCCUAAGAGCCAAGGUGAAGAAGGGGGUGAACAUUCUGACCGCGCAGACCAGCGAGCCUCGGCAGUGGGAUGUGAGGCAAGAGGUGGGCAACGGAGGGAAGCACACCACCACCUCGGUGGCCUGCCAGCGCCUGGGCCCUGGGGCACGCAAUAGGAGCAGCAAUUUAUUCAGCGAGGUCAUGCAGAUGAAUUUUGAAAUCGCCAGCUUCAGCAGCCUCUCGGGGACACAGCCUAUCACAUGGCAGGUGGAGUACCCGAGGAAGGGGACCACGGACAUUGCUGUGUCGGAGAUCUUCAUCAGCCAGAAGGACCUAGUUGCCAUCGUCCCCCUUGCUAUGGACACUGAACUCCUGAACACAGCCAUCCUCACGGGGAAGACAGUGGCCAUGCCUGUCAGGGUGGUGUCGGUGGAGGAGAAUAGCACCCUGAGGGACAUCUCAGAGUUGGUGGAGUGCAAGGCCACAGAUGAGAAUGUCAUCAAGGUCUCAGACCACUGUGACUAUGUCUUUGUCAAUGGUAAAGAGAUCAAGGGCAAGGUGGACUCUGUGGUGAACUUCACUUACCAGCACCUGAGUGCACCGCUGCAUGUCACUGUGUGGGUGCCACGGCUUCCCCUGCAGAUCGAGGUCUCUGACACAGAACUCAGCCAGGUUAAGGGCUGGAGAGUCCCCAUCGUAGCCAGCAAGAGGCCCACUCGAGACAGUGAGGAGGAGGAAGAGGAAGAACAGAGAGGCCGGGGUUGUACCCUGCAGUUCCAGCAUGCCACAGUGCGAGUCCUCACCCAAUUUGUAUCAGAGGGUGCUGGGCCCUGGGGCCAGCUGAGCCACCUUCUCAGUCCAGACUGGCAGUUUGACAUCACCCACCUGGUGGCUGACUUUAUGAAGCUGGAGUCCCCACACAUAGCCACCCUGCAGGACAGCAGGGUCUUGGUUGGGCGGGAAGUCGGAAUGACCACCAUCCAGGUGUUGUCUCCCCUGUCUGACUCCAUCUUGGCCGAGAAGACAGUAACUGUGCUGGAUGACAAAGUAUCUGUGACAGACUUAGCUGUCCAGGUGGUGGCUGGGCUGUCUGUCACCCUACACCCCAUCUCAGAGAACAACAAGGGUACCUCAGCUGUGGCCAUGGCAGAGGAGCUGCUGCGUGCCCCAAAAAAGGAAGCUAUAAUCAGCACAUGGCUCCAGUUCAGUGAUGGCUCAGUGACACCCCUGGAUAUCUACGACUCCAAGGACUUCUCCUUGACUGCCAUCUCUUUGGAUGAGGCUGUUGUGUCCAUCCCCCAACCCCUCUCGCCUUGGUGGCCCACCAUGGUAGCUGAAGGAGAAGGCCAGGGCCCACUGCUCCGGGUCGAUAUGUCCAUUGCCGAAGCCUGUCAGAAAUCCAAGCGCAAGAGUGUGCUGGCUGUUGGCAUUGGCCAUGUGGGGGUCAAGUUUGGAUGGGAUGAUGCCGACUCCAGCCAGACUGGAGGAAAGGAUGAGGAGGAGAUCAAGAACCACGCCAGUGACCGUCGACAGAAGAUUCAGGACCUGGAACGCCCAGGCCAGGAUGAACUAUACCAUGGCAACUUUCCUGGGGACCGUGAAGAAGGAGUGCUGAGUGCUACCACCACUACCAAGUCCCUGCUGGAUAACAACGUGGGGAAGAGUGGCAGGCGGGAUGGGGCUAGGCUACACAGCAUACCCAUUGACUUCACCAAUUUCCCGGCCCAUGUGGACCUCCCCAAGGCCAAGACUGGGGGCACACUGGAGGAGAAUGGGCUCAUGCAGACAGCCCAUGGCCUGAGUGACCUAGAGAUUGGGAUGUAUGCCCUCCUAGGUGUCUUCUGCCUGGCCAUCCUUGUCUUUCUCAUUAACUGCGCCACCUUUGCCUUCAAGUACAGGCACAAACAGGUGCCUCUGGAAGGCCAGGCAUCCAUGACCCACUCUCAUGACUGGGUCUGGCUGGGCAAUGAGGCGGAGCUCUUGGAGAACAUUGGGGACCUGUCCCCACCCCAGGACGAGCACACGACCAUCAUAGACCGAGGGCUGGGGGGCUGUGAGGAGAACAACCACUUACUUCUCAAUGGUGGCUCCCAAAAGCCCACGCAGAGCCAGGUCCACAGGCCACCAGGCUCCGGGGGACGGCAGACCAGGGAGCCCAGGCAGGAGCCUGCAAACUCACCCACCUCCAAGAUGAAGAAGGUCAAGUUUGCCACAUUCACCAUCCCACCUGAGGAAAGCUGCCCCACGGUGAACUCCAUCCUCAGUGGGGAAGAUGAUAUCAAGUGGGUUUGUCAAGACCUGGAUGUGGGCGCACCCAAGGAACUCAGAACCUACCUGGAGAAAUUCCAAGACAGUGUGUAGCGCUCUGGCCUCCUCGCCAACUUGGGACAGUAGCCUCCUUCCCGACCUCCCUCAGCAGAGUAGCUGAAUGGAAGGAGCUCUCAGUGAACUGAGUGAGGAAAUCUGGGGCCCACAGAAUACCAGGUAGCAGGUUAGAAGCUGGGAAGGGAUGUUUUUAUACUAAAGCAGUUUUUUUUUUUUUUUUUUAGCAGCAAAGGUUGGUAGGUUUCCAGAAGUUUGAGUCUCUGACUCGGCAGCGAGGCAGAGUGGAUCCGAAAGAGAACUGCUCAGACAUGAGAGAGUUAUUUUAUGAAUCAAACGACACUGCAGACAAGCU